AUGUCACUUCGUCUAGCUACAGAAGCCUAUACAGUAGCAUGGUUCGCUCCCUUGCACUUUGAGGCUAGUGCUGCCAUCCUCAUGCUCGAUGAACACCACCAAAGUCCGCUUCCGAAUGAAGGCCAGCGGCUAUGCUACAGAUUUGGGCGGAUGGGUAGGACUAAUGUUGCGAUCGCUUUCUUUCCAGCUGGAGAAAUUGGAAUUGGCGUUGCCGGCUAUAUGGCCUCCGAGAUCCAGCGUGACCUGCGGAACAUCAAGACUGGCAUCCUCGUUGGUAUAGGUGCGGGUAUACCGCGAUAUGGACGUGAUAUGCGUCUAGGUGAUGUGGUGGUCGCUAGUCCAACCGAUAAUAACUCCGGUGUUCUUGGAUUUGAUAUGGUCAAAAUUGAGCCGGAGCAAAUCGUUCUCAAGCAAUGGCAGAAUGCGCCCGAUAGACAUAUACGCUCCGCAAUGACUAAUCUCCGGGCUUCCCCCGAGACGACUGCAAGAUUCAUGUCGAACCUCAAUAGGUUCAGGAGUACGAGCUUCCCUCAAUGUCCUGUACCCCCGCCAAAUGUCACCUGCGGGUCAUUUACGCAGCGACGCGAGCCUCUUAUCCAUUAUGGCUGUAUUUUGUCCGGGAACAGUGUUAUAAAGUCUGCCGAAAUACGCAAUCAAUUAGCCCGUGAAUACGAUGCCCUUGCGAUUGAAAUGGAAGCAGCGGGAAUGAUGAAUACCUUACCGGUUGCAGUGGUAAGAGGAAUCAGUGAUUGGGCAGAUGCCGAAAAGAACGAUGUUUGGCAGGAGUAUGCAGCAGCGACCGCUGCAGCGGUAGCAAAGGAUCUUCUAGCAUGUCUAGACGGGAGUCAUUCGAUCAGCUGUAAGUAUUGCAUACUUACCAUGCCUGAUACAUCUUCUCACAUGCUUCAGGCGAAACUCAAUUACGGGACCACCCAGCCGCGACCGUUCUAG